GUCAUCGCAUGAUGAGUGAUGCUGUAGUGACAAAGUCGCCGGCGGUGGUCGUCGGCCCGUCGGAGCCGGGGACGCCAACCGGCAUCAUCAGCCUCUCCUCCUUCGACAAGGUUCACAUUCCUAUCCCGAUGGCGCUCCUCCUCAUCUUCGACGAGCCGAUCGACGACCCCGCCGAGACCAUCAAGAAGGCCCUGUCGCGGGCGCUGGUGCCGUACCACCCUAUGGCCGGCCGGCUCGUUGCCGGAGCCGACGACGACGCGUACCUCAGCAUCGCGUGCACCGGCGAGGGCGUGCCUUUCGUGGCCGCCUCGGCUAGCUGUGCCCUGGAGGAAGCCAUGACGGCGCUGUCGCCGGGGCUUCUCAGGGAGCUCACCGUUCGUUACCCUGGCGAGCUCUGUCGCCUCAGCGACGCCUUGGUGCUGAUGCAGGUGACGGAGUUCACCUGCGGCGGGUUUGUCGUCGGGGUGACAUGGAACCACGUCAUGGCCGACGGCGCCGGGAUCGCGCAGUUCCUGCAGGCCGUCGGCGAGCUGGCCCGCGGGAUGGGGGCGCCGUCCGUCGUCCCCGUCAGGUCGGGCGCCACGAUCCCGCCCAUCCCGACGCCCGUGGUUGCCGCGCUGAGGUCCCAGAUGCAGGUCCUGACAGAGGAGCUGGCGAGCCUGGACGUCAUGAUCCCCUCCAGCCUGAUCAGCCGCGUCAAGGCCGAGUGCAGUGGCGGCAGCACGACGUUCGAGGUCGUGGCCGCGGCGCUCUGGCGGAGCCGCACCCGCGCGAUCUUCUCCGGCUCCGGCAACGGUGACCCCGACGCUCCCGCGAUGCUCUGCUUCCCAAAGAACGUGCGCGAGAAAGUCGGCGCCGAGCACGGCUACUACGGCAACUGCUUGAGCAGCCAGCUGGUCCUGGCGACGAACGGCACGGUGGCGAGCAGCGAGAUCAAGGACCUGGUGAAGCUCAUAAAGGGCCAUGCGGACAUACUGGAUCUGCUAAAGAAUGGUGGCGCCGCCUCGGGGGUGGAUUUGGGCAGGCUCAUGUCGUCCCCGAGGUACCACACGAUCGCCGUCUCAAGCUGGCGGAACCUUGGGAUGGAAGCGACGGACUUCGGGGGUGGGAAGCCGGCGAGGGCGAUGUGGCAGCCGGAGAACUCGGCGGGGUUCUUGUGCGUGGUGUGCCCGCCAUGCAAGGGGAAGGACGGCGUCAACGUCCUGUCCCGCUGCGUCACGCCGGAGCACGCCGAGGCAUUCCUACGGGAGCUGGCCGCGCUCGACAUGUAACAUGCUCUAUCGUUUCUCUUGUACUCCAUUUUCUUCCCUCGCUUCCGAUCGUCUACCGAUCAAUCUUCCUCCCUCUACGCAACAACAGCUUUGCCGACACAAUGUGGCCACGAUUCAAACAAAUAGACUCAUAACGUGAUGCGUGACGUGAUGUCAUGUGUUAAUUUUAUA